AUCACAAAUCAUGCGCCUGCGCACGGGACCAAAAUUUCCCAAGAUGGCGGAAACGAUGCCGUGUGUACGAGGGAUUUUGUGCAAUUUUCGCUCAUUUCUAUACGGAGAAAUGUUCUUAGCACUUCUAGUUUUACACAUAGUUAGUCCAUUUUAUAACACAGCUGCGGUAGAAAUUUUGCGGCCGAGGGGAGUAUCGUUGCUGCAUAAACCCUUCUAUGAUGAGUCGAAGCCCUUCACUUGUUUAGACGGCUCAGCGACCAUCCCCUUUGAUCAGGUUAAUGAUGAUUACUGUGACUGUAAGGAUGGGACCGACGAACCAGGUACUGCUGCCUGUCCCAACAUGAUGUACUACUGCAGUAACAAGGGCUUCACUCCAAAAACCAUCCCUUCCUCCAGGGUCAAUGAUGGCAUUUGUGACUGCUGUGACGGUACAGAUGAGUACAGUGGACUGGUGCUGUGUGAAGACAAGUGCAGGGAGAUGGGUGCUGUUGAACUUGAACAGAGGAAAAAACAGGCCGAGAUCAUCAACCAGGGUUUCCAGAUGAGGCAGACCCUGGUGGCUGAUGGGAAACAAACUAGGCAGGACAGAGAGACCAGGCUGAAUGCCUUGAAAGAAGAGAAACAAGUGGUGGAAUCCAAGAAGCAAGAGGCUCAAGCUGCAAAGGAGGCUGCGGAAACACCUGAGAAGGAAGCAGUAGACAAGCACAAGAAGGCCUGGGAAGAGGUGAAGGCUGCCCGAGAACUGGAGAGGCAGAAGGAGGCAGGAACUGCAGCCUUCAGUGAGCUGGACCUGGAUGGAGAUGGCUUGGUUAAACUGGAGGAGUUGCAGACUCACCUGGAGUUUGAUGAUGAUGUGGAUGGAGAGGUCACAGAGGAGGAGGCCAAGAACCAUCUUGGUGAUGUGACGGAGGUAGAUUUGGAGAGUUUUCUGUCAGAGACUUGGCCCAAAAUCAAGGACCUUUACCAGGGUGAAAAGGACAAGGCAAAGGAACCUCCCGUAGAGGAACCUACAAAAGGAGACACAGAUCUGCCUCCAACUGAAGAACCACCCGCCCCUCCUGCUGAGGAGGAGGAGGACAGAGAGGAGGAGGAAGAAGAAGAAGAGCAUGAUGAUGAUGAUGAUGAUGAGCCUGAAAUCGACCUGGUCAAGGACGAAUCCAAACCAGACGAGGAUGCGAUGCCAGAUUAUGACGAGGAGACAAAACAGCUGAUCGCAGCUGCAGACCAGGCCAGGGCAGAGUACACAGAAGCAAACAAGAAAGUCAGUGAUGUUGAUGCACAGAUCAGGCAACUAGAGAAGCAGCUCGGCACAGACUUUGGUGCAGAGGCGGAGUACAGCUCCCUGGAUGGCCAGUGUUUUGAGCUGGAGACUAAGGAGUACAAGUACAAGCUGUGUCCGUUUGACAAGUGCUCACAGAGUCCCAAACAUGGCGGGUCGGAGACAACAUUAGGCCGCUGGGAGUCUUGGGCAGGCCCUGAGGACAACAAGUACAGCGCCAUGAAGUACACCAAGGGACAGAACUGUUGGAACGGUCCGGACAGGUCUACAGAGGUCCGCAUGACGUGUGGUAUAGAAAACAAGUUGUUAUCAGCGUCGGAGCCCAACAGGUGCGAGUAUGUGUUUGAGUUUGAGACUCCGGCCAUGUGCACUAAGGAGGUCCCCAACAACCCAGAGUUUAGUCAUGAAGAGUUAUAGCACGGGGACAAACACACCAGGGAUACUGGGUACAUCAUUCAUGCCACCCCCACACAGAAAUGGACUAGCCCUUUUAGCAAGCCCCCAUAGAUUCAGUCUCAAAUUUCUCAUUUCUUAUCCUUUAGAGUAUGUUUCUGUACAUUUUAUUGAAGUCACAAAAAAUGUGAGGUAGUUAACCUUGUAAAAGGAAGAGACAUCAGUAGCUUUAAGGAAAUAUAUUCCACUUAUGCAGGAGUAUUGGAUGAGUAGUAUGCUGUGUCCACUGAAAGCCCUUAAAGUCUGCUCUCCGAGCUUGUAAAAUUAUUGCUUUAUGACUCAAUGAAAAAUGCAGCAAACAUGAUAGAUUACCUUGAAUGGUGCACAAUGGCUAGGUAGAACAGCAGAAGAGUUAAUUAUGAUCUACUGUAUAUUGUUUCAGGAUGAAAGAAUGUCAACCUGAAUAUGUAUCUAAACCAAGCUCUGUGGAGCACUAUCAGCAUUCCUUCGUCAAAUAGUGUACAUGUGAUUCUAUGAUAGAUCAUUCUGAUUGAACUUUUAUUAUUGUGUUCAUACUUGAAAAUAGAAUAUCAUGAUUGUUUUUCACUAUUUAGUAGAAAAAUUCUACACCUUAGUUUCUUCACUAUGUGGAUGUCAACCUUAGGUUGAUAUAGAUGCAUUCUUCCUUUAGGAGAAAGAUGGUCCAGGAAUAUUGUUGGAUUUCAAAGGCCACCAAUUGCAGAUGAUGUUUAGCUUUGAGGGGAUUUUAGCUAGAUGGCAAAAUCAAGCAUGGAAAAAUCUAGUGUGAACUUGCUUAACUUGUCAUUCCAAUAUGAAUCAGUAGGAGAUAUUUAUGCAAUGUGAGGGAUACACUUUAUCCACGAUAUAGUUUAACCAAGGACAUUAUAUGCCCUUGGUUUGACAUUUGAAACCUUGAAUAAAUAGAGAAGAAAUUCUAUCUAAUGUUCAGAAAAUCAGUAGAAUUUGUCUGUGCUUCUCUGAUUGGCUGAAAUUGAAUUUCACAGCAAGAAGAUCAAAGAACAUUAUUUGUCAAUUUGUCCUCCGAUUGGAUAAGAUAAUAAAAAUUGAGAAGGGUACUCGCUAAAAGUAGGGCUGAGAUUUCAACAUCAUGUUGAAUAUGUAUGACUUCCCAUCUAAAAUACUUUUGAAACAUAUUGUUGUAUCACUUCUCAUGAUAAGAAAUAUUGUUUGGAACCUGUUUAUAUGCUGAAGAUUGCUUCCAACUGUAUUAUCCGGCAAAAUGUAUCCCAUAGAAUAUGCCUAUAUUAAAUCUCAUUUCAGUUUGAUAAAACAUCUGAAGUGAACUGGAAUCCUAAAGAAAUGUGCAAAUUCUACCGCACUUAGGGGGAAGGUCAAAAUGAAUCAACCUUUUUUUAAACAAACUCUUAUCAAAUUCUAAGAAACCUCACUCUUUAGAAAGCAAAGUUUGGGGAAGUCAGUUUCCCUAUGAAGCAGGCUAAAUGACACCAACUAUUGUGUGUGAUGGUUGAACUUACUGACAAAUGUUUAGGCAAAGUUGUGAUGUUUUUGGAUGGACAUGAUUAUACUCUGUUAUGGCAUUAUCUAUGUUAGGUUCAGAAAGAAACAUUUUGUUUCCACAAUAAGUACAGAAAAAUGGAGGCCUUAAUCAAUUCUCUGAUGUGAAAGUAAUACAGAAGAUAUUGUGUACAGUAUUUGUGCUAAGCACUCGCAUCAUACACAAUUCUCCAUGUGUGUACUGUAUAGCAAGUGGUUACCUUGGGGGGUUAAGGUUAAAAACUUUGUGUCAUUUGUAUGCUUUAUGGUUCAUAGAUUGGGUUGUGGAGAAAAAUGUUUCAGUUUUGUUUUUGAGAUUUCUUGGAGACAAAUUCCUUACCCCUCACACUGCUGACCUCUGUUGUAACCAAUGUAAUGUUGGAUACAAAAAUUGGCCCUUGGCAUGGUUGAGGUUAAAAUGUAGAUCUUUUCCCUACCAUGUCAAAAUGUCAGUACGGCUGGAAUGCCAAUUGUUCUGUAUAUAUUGACUAUUUGUACAUGUAGUUACUAUAGGUUCUAGAGAUUAUCUUAACACAAUAAUGACUUACAAAUCUCAUAAUCAGGAGUCAGGACAUCCCCUUUUCUGUCAAGGAAUCAAUUAAAACCAGUCUCUGUCAUAAGAAUAUCACAAGAAUACAAGCCUUGUAUCUGGAGAAUUUAAUUUUGUUAUAUGGAAAUUUUUAAUGUGUCACAUUGCAAUCAGUAUUGCUGACUGUAUGUAGGCUUGCUCUUUCAUAGCUUUGCUGUAGUGUUACACAUUUAACGUGAUAUAUAAAUAUACAGUAAGUUCUAUUAUGUAAUGAUGCUUGUAGACAUUCUUUUGGAUAGGUUAUUGGCAGGUUGAGUUGUGGGACCACUAUUUUUGCCUGAUGUCUAGCUGUGUACAACUGACAUUACUUUCCUAACUGGCUAAUUUGCUAAUGUCACUUGCUAAUUUGAUGACAAUGACAUUAGCGUACACAUUUUAAUACCAAGCUUGAUUUGAACACAUAUUUGUUAAAGGGACUUUUGAAUGACUUACUGUUACCAUGCCUGUCAUGACUUUGCAUUUGCUGCUGAUUACCACAAAGUACACAUUUGACAGUAACCAGUGUUGUUUAGAGAACUUGAAUGCUAUACAUGUACUGCUUAAUCAAUAAUCCAAGAGCACUGUUCUCAAGUUUGAGAUAUUUGGAAGUUGCACUUUUAUGUUGCAAUGGCAAAAAUUUCAUAGUAAGAAAUUAGACAGUCCCCUUAACGAGUCAUUACUCGAAAAGUCCCACAUCUAUUUUGUGAGGAAAGUCCUGUCACAAUUCACAUUACCUGUAAACAAUAUCAGUUCUUGAGUUUUCAACAAUUUUCUGUACCAGAAUUCAUACUUCUAUUUUAUCCAUAUCAGCAAACACCAACAUGUGAUAUGAACCAAUUUCUUCUUGUGUAAGAUUAGUAAAUAGGAGAGACAUUUUCGUUCUACCUCUUACGAAGGUAUGUCAUUCAUAAAGAUGGAUGUUCAUAGAAUUUUCAAUAUAGACUCUGACCCUCCCC